AUGCUUGUUCGAACAUAUACCAUUUUUAAUUUAUACCUGCACACAUGUUAUCUCUCACAUAUACAGGCUCUGGCGACGGAAAGAUCAGCUCUCAUAGCCAAUGUUACCUGCCUCCAGCCUGGGCCACAUCAACUACAGGCUGAAUUAAACUUAUCGCCUAAUGACUCCAUUAACUUAACAGAAUCUCACUGGCUAAACAUCAGCCGCCAUAGCAGUCAGGAUCAGAAACAACAACCAGUUUUUAAUGAAGAUACUUCCUCUGAUGUUAUUCCGAUCAUUCAUGCGGAUUCUGGUACACCUCUUUCCACUGAUCUUUUAGUCCAAAAUGAUGUUUGCAAUCGCCGUGAUCCAGGCAACGAGAUUGAUCUAUUCCGAUCCAAGACUUGA